AGGUACUAUCAGCCCACCAGGCUCGGCUUGGCAGAUAUCCACGCGCUCAAGGACCAGUCGGCUCCGCAACGAGCGCGUGCAUCGCCCGAUAGAGCACUCACGGCUUUCGCACAACUCGCUACCCUACGCUUGAACUGCAAACGCGCCGCCAUCUCCUUCUUCGAUCGCAGCUACCAGUACAUCCUUGCAGAAGCCACACAAUCUCUCAGCUUGCACACCGAGUCGGAAGCUGUCCCUGGCGACGAAUGUGACUACGGCGUGACAGCCGUCCCUAAAAGGGGAAGCAUCUGCGAACACACCAUCUGCUUGCCCUUUGAUGAUACAGAGGAGGCCAAUGACGACUCGAUCUUUAUUGUGCCCGAUUUGUCCAAAGACAAGAGGUUCAGUGACAAACCAUACACGACAGAUCACGGUUGGAAAUUCUACGCCGGUGUCCCUAUCAUCUCUCCUAAUGGCUACAAGAUCGGUGCCUACUGUGUUAUAGACGAUAAACCUCGUCAAAAGCUCGCGCCCGAUGACAUAGCCUUCAUGAAAGACAUGGCCACGACCGUUAUGAUACAUCUUGAUAUGCUGCGCGCACAGUCGGAAAGCAUCAAGGGGGAAAGAAUGGUACAUGGCUUAGGGUGCUUUGUCGAGGGUAAGCACAGUUUGGGUGAUUGGGAAGCCUUGGGCGCUGACUCGGAUACACCCGAUGUCCAAAGAGACUCGCCACUACAAUGGGCCGACCGCCAAUAUUCUAGACAUCACAACCAACUCCCUGACUUUCAGCAAAAUGGCCAGGAAGGCUCUCCGUCUCCCACCGAUGUUGGAAUAUCUGUCGACGUUGACAAGUCGUCCUCACGGCGAGCUUCCAAUGCAUCACCACAACAACCAUCCGCCGAGGAAGACCCCAAAGCGAAGAAGACAUCCCCUACCGAUCACCUCGCUCCCGAAGUCAAGGCCACAUUUGGUCGCGCAGCAAACAUCAUCCGAGAGUCAUUGCAGAUUGAUGCUGUUGUCAUAUUCGAUGCUACUGCUAAGUCUACUUUUGGAGGUCUCGUCGAUCGCACAGCCCAUGAACGACCGAAGCGACGGAAACUAUCGUCAGCCUCCGAACCUGACUCAUCAGCUGAGUCCGGUACAGAGCUAUCUGACCCCGAUAAGAGGGAGACACUGGCAAGAGAAGAUGGUGCGCAUCGUUCUGAAAUUCUCGGCAUAUCUACGCCUACGAUAAACAGCGCCCGCGGAGACCAAUCGGCGAGACUUACUGAUGACAUGACCGAGGAAUUCGUUCGAUCACUUUUGCGUCGCUAUCCACAUGGUAAAGUUCUCAAUUUUGAUGAGGACGCUGACCCGUCCUCUGGCGAGGAUCCGGCACAAUCAGAAGCAACGAAUGGCCCGGCUUCCGCCAAAAGUACCGUCAAGAAACGCAAGCGUCUAAGGUCGAACGAAGCCAGGAUAAUCAAACAGCUGUUUCCAGGAGUCCGCAGUCUCGCUAUCCAACCUAUGUGGAGCUCCGAUCAGAAGUUCUUCAGUGCUUGUAUCGCCUGGACCUUGGACCCUCAUAGAAUCCUCACCACACACUCAGAGCUUAGUUAUCUCGCAGCGUUCAGCGAUUGCGCCAUGAGCGAAGUGGCCAGGAUCAAUGCUAAGAUUGCCGACAAAGCAAAAUCGGACUUUAUCUCAUCUAUAUCGCAUGAACUUCGCAGCCCACUCCAUGGUAUACUCGGCAGUGUGGAAUGCCUCGAAGACUCAACUCUCGACCCCUUCCAGGAGAAUCUUGUACAUACUCUCGCCACCUGUGGUCACACUUUGUUGGACACGAUCGACCAUCUACUCGACUUUGCAAAGAUUAAUAACUUUACUAGGAAGAGCACUCAAACACGUACAAGUAGCUCGAAUCCACACGAACAAAAACAAAACUUUGCGCUCGAUGUUGAUGUCGAUUUAAGUGUAGUUACUGAGGAAGUACUGGAAACUGUUUUUGCUGGACAUGACUUCAUCAGAGCUGGCCGCGAGACUGAGCAGAUGCCGUCUCACGGAAACAAACAAGUCGAUGAUAGCGCAAAGAGCUCCGAAGGUGAAAAGAAUGUAUCGAUUGUCGUUGACAUCUCGAAAGCUCAAGACUCCCAUUGGAUCUUUAGAACGCAGGCCGGCGCAUGGCGUCGUAUCCUGAGCAAUCUGUUCAACAACAGUCUCAAGUACACGUCAAAUGGAUUCAUCCAGGUCAAGCUCGACAGCGAGCCGUUGCCAUCCAAGGAGCGGGGCGGUAGUUCCAAAGUCACGCUGUCCGUCACGGACUCUGGAAAGGGUAUGAGUCAGGAAUACCUCGAACAAAGCCUUUUCACUCCCUUCGCGCAGGAAGAUCCAUUGAUGCCGGGGACUGGUCUGGGCCUGGCGAUCAUCUCGGCCAUCAUAAAAUCUAUGGGUGGUACAAUCAAAGUGGAGAGUGAGCUAGGCAAAGGAACCAAAACCACGGUCACUCUGGAAAUGAUGCAUAUCGCGGUCAAGGAAGAGGAUGUGGAUCGGAGUGUGAUUACAGGUUGUGCCAAAAAGACGCAAGGAAUGAAGAUCGGGUUCGUCGGCUUCGACGCUGAUUCCUACAAGAAAGAGCCACAGCCAGGAACACGAUCCCCAGAGAAUGCCGGUCACAGGUUUAUGGCUUCGUUCCAUAGAAUGUGCCAAAAUUGGUUCGGAAUGGACAUGCAGAUAACCCAAGGGAUAGAUCAGUCAGACGUCGACGUCUUUCUCACUACCGAGAAGGGCCUCGAGUUGGUGCAGGACCAACUGAAAAAGCGUAUGGAAAAUGAGUCUGACAAGGAUGCUCAGAACAAAGAAGCCGACAUUCCACUGCUGGUCAUCUGUAACAGCGUCUCUGCCGCCAACGCCAUGAUGCAUCAUCCGCAAUCACACGUUACUGGCGUAUUGAGUCAGCCCUGUGGUCCAAGGAAACUCGCGAAGUCACUUACGCUCUGUCUGGAAGCUCACAAGAACUCCAAAACGAACGAGCCGGUGCCGUCCGUUCGCAAAAUUCUGGAAGACAGCUUGGGAGAGGGUCAAACCCUCCAAGACUCGUCUUUCCAGAAAGUACUGGACUCUGAAGAUCACGCCUUGAGCGUGGAAGCAAAGGAAAAAGGCCACUCAGGAGACGCACCUUUCAAACAUCCUCAGAAGGAUACGAUCGAGAUACCCCAGGGUAACUCCAAGAUGCCGAAAGCAGACAAGUCUCUGCUGAACGAUACCAGCUCUCUUGCAUCACCAGCACCAACAGCCGUGUUGCUUGUGGAUGAUAAUAGAGUAAACCUUCAGCUCCUCGUCACCUUCGUCAAGAGAUCUGGCCAUUACUUCAAGACAGCAAGCAACGGACUCGAAGCGCUGGAGGCAUACACAUCGGAGUGCGACAACUCUCAGGCUGGGUCCGACAACGGAAACGUGAUGCAGGAUCCGCCGUUUGACUACGUGCUCAUGGAUGUGUCUAUGCCAAUCAUGGAUGGCCUCACCGCGACUCGAAAAAUCCGUGCUCAUGAAAGAGCGAACAACAUCAAGCCUGCUACAAUCGUUGCAUUGACUGGUCUGGCGAGUGCGCAGGCGCAGCAAGAGGCUUAUAGCAGUGGGGUCGACACGUUCAUGACCAAACCCGUCAAGCUGAAGGAGCUGGGAAAAAUGCUGGAUAACGGCACCCUGGGCAACGAAGGGACAAAAGAGGACGAAAUGAAGAAUGAUCAGAAAGACAGGGAGAAGAAGAUUGAUCAGGACAAGGGAAAGUAG